CAUAUCAAACAAUUCAUCUAGUCAAUCGUCACCAUUUAUUGAUUUUAUUGCUGAUCCUCAAGCUAUGGCUGUUGUCAAUUUCACUUCGGAUUUUCAAGCUAUGUCAUUUGGACCAGGAGAUGCAUCACAUCCUGUCAAUUUCACUGAGAAUCCUCAAAUUUCAUCAAUGUCAUUUUUUGAAAUGGGAAAUGUUUCACCUCAAGCUUUAUCAAUGCCACCGUUGGAAUUGGGUGAUGCUCUUUUAAAUUCUACCACUGAUCCCCAGGCCUAUAUAUCACAUCUUAUUAACCCCGCCACAAAUUCUCAAGUCACGCCAUCGUUGGAAUUAAGAAAUGUAUCUCCUAUCUAUCCCACCAUGGUUUUCCAAACUAUGUUGGAAGAAAUGGAUCAAUCAUUUCUUGUCAAUUCUAACGCGAAUCGAAUGCCUAAUUCGGAGGAGAUGACUAAUCAAAUCGAUUGGUGGUGGAAUAAUCAUUCCGAAACAUAA